AUGGAAACUGAAGGUGACAGUCGCGUCCAUUUCUCGGAAGUAAGUGACCCAUGGUCAAGUUCGCGGCAUGUUGCAGUGCUACAAGCGCUUGAUGCUGUGGAAAAGAAACUCGUGACGGCGCUACGCACGGCAGCUGCUGCCAUGUCGUUAAUGGCACCGCGUGUGUCCUCAGACGAAAGCGCGUCACUCUCUUUUAAUUCAGCUUGUACCGAGUUCUUGCAAUUAAUUAAGGAAAUUCACACUGAAUUAGCUAACAACAUUCAUUUAGUCUCCGAUUACCGUACAUUCGCGCGCAGUACCUAUGGUGCCGAGAAAAGUAUGGAAAUUGGUCGUGAAAAGGUCAAAAUUGUGGUUGAACAGCUUCAAACAUUAUCACGUUUUCUCGAAGAUCAUUGCUACACACCGGAGGAAUGCUCAUGA